AUGAGUGUCAUAUCUGUGUUUUUCGGUCCUCAGUGGACCAAGGCCACCCCUGACGAUUUGGCUGUCCUCCAAAGCACAAUUUCGGAGUCCCCAGAUCUGAAAUUUCUUGUCGAUUCUGUUAGAGAGUUGGGAUCUUUGUGGUCAACCCUGGUCGAAGAGUGCCCAACGCUUAGGCAGAUAUCUGGACAUCAGGAGAUAGAGAAUCUCGAAGCCUUCAUCGCAUGUCAGGGAGACCUGAAGGUGUUCCAAGAGCCAAAUAUUAGCUCAGGAAAUAUACUACGCAAUGCCCUCACUGUCAUAUCUCAUGUAGUUCAGCUCUGGCAGCUCCGGACUACAGUCCAGAUUGACGCCUUCCCCACGUUAACCAGCAAACUUGUGGACCAAGGUCAAGCUCAGCUGGGAGAUGUCCAGGGUUUCUGCAUUGGAUUCUUGACCGCUGCAGCGGUUGCGAGUUCCAAAACCCCAGAUGAAUUUCAAAAGAACGCAUGUAUUGCCCUCAACUUAGCAGUCUGUGUUGGGGCGCUUGUGGACCUCAACGAAAUGAAAUGUGAAGAUCCAUCACAACGUACGACUUCCCUCGCUGUUGGGUGGAAGUCACAGACGGAGUAUGAAGAGCUUCAGGGAAUCUUAGAAGGAUCUGACGGCUAUAUUUCAUGUGUCACUGACCACAACCGGGCGACAGUGAGCGCAUCCAAUGCGAAGACGGAGCUCAUUGUAUCGAGCCUGUUAAAGGCAGACUUGUCAGUCCAACCGAUCAAAUUACGAGGACGAUAUCAUCAUUCAGCACAUAGCAGCGUGUUAAGUUCGUUGAGCCAUCUCUUGGCGACCGAUAAGCGGUUCCAGUUUUCCAUUGCAGAUCAUCUAACCAAACCCCUACGAUCUAAUGUGGAUGGUGAAGUCAUCACGACAGGUGACCUGCACAACAUUGCACUGGAAUCCCUUCUACUGCAUAGAUCAGAAUGGUAUAAAAUUGCUUCCUCAGCGAUAACAUACUUAAAGGAAACAGAUACCCGGCCUGUCUCUAUUGUAGCCAUUGGAUACGAAAAGAGUGUUCCCCGGUCACUCAGCAGUAUGAUAUAUAACGAUCAGAAAGUACAUACCAACAAUCACAUAUAUUCUGAGAGUCAUACUGCGAACCAUGUCAACAGCAGCUUCACGCCUUCAGAAAUCAAAACACCUGCAUCUGAAAGUGGAUUUAAUGACAACGCUAUCGCGAUCAUCGGUAUGGCGUGUCGCUUCCCGCAAGCUGAUUCACUCGAGGAAUUUUGGAAGUUGAUCAGCUCUGGCAUGUCAGUGGUUCGGCCACUGCCAGAGGAUCGGUUCCGGGCCUCUGAUCUGAGACGAGAGCCCAAAGGACCGUUCUGGGGCAAUUUCUUGGAUAACCCUGAGGCGUUUGACCACCGAUUUUUUGGCAACUCUGGCCGUGAAGCCAAAUCCAUGGACCCUCAACAAAGACUACUCCUUCAGGUCACGUAUGAGGCUUUGGAGUCUUCGGGCUAUUUUGCGCCUAAAUUACUCGAGCAAACAACGGAUGUUGGGUGCUAUAUGGGUGUUGGGUCUGUUGAUUAUGAAGAUAAUGUCGCUUCUCACGACGCCACUGCGUACUCUGCCCUAGGCACGCUGAGGGCAUUCAUUACCGGUCGAGUCAGUCACUAUUUUGGCUGGAGUGGACCGUCAAUUACGUACGAUACUGCGUGUUCUUCUGCCGCGGUAGCAAUUCAUUCUGCAGUCAAGGCACUCAAUGCAAAAGAAUGUAGUGUAGCGGUUGCAGGAGGUGUUAAUGUGAUCACAAGUCCGAAAUUAUUUCAGAAUCUAGCCGCUGCAUCGUUUCUCAGUCCUACCGGAGCAUCAAAGGCGUUUGAUGCCAGUGCUAACGGUUACUGUCGUGGAGAAGGUUCAGGGGUUGUCGUAUUGAAGCCUCUCACUACAGCCAUUGCCGAUGGUGAUUCUAUAGUUGCAGUGAUUACCGGGUCAGCUGUGAAUCAAGGUUCAAAUAGUACCCCGAUCACCGUCCCUUCGGAGGACUCUCAACGUGCACUCUACAGAAAUGUGCUGUCGGUCUCAGGAACAAAUCCUGCGGAUGUCACGUAUGUUGAAGCUCACGGGACUGGAACUCCGGUUGGUGAUCCUGUUGAGACUGAAAGUAUUCGCAAGACUUUUGGGGGCGCCCAGCGAACACAUAAACUAUUCAUUGGUUCUGUGAAAGACAACGUUGGUCAUACGGAGUCAGCAUCAGGUGUCGCUGGUUUGCUCAAAACUCUUUUAAUGAUCAAGAAGCGUGUUAUUCCCAAACAAGCAAAUUUUUCCAGACUUAAUCCAAAGAUUUCACCAUUGAUGCCAGACAGAAUGGCAGUUCCAGAAAGCACCCAAAUGUGGACAGCACCGAGUCUGACAGCGGUUGUCAACAAUUAUGGUGCUGCAGGAAGCAAUGCAGCUCUCGUCGUACAAGAGUAUCGCCACUCAGAGGAAGCUUAUCCUAAGACCGCCUUGGCAUCCUUCAGCGGUCGAGAAUUUCCAUUCCUCGUAUCUGCAAAGUCUGCAGAAAGUCUACAGGCAUAUUGUUCGAAACUCAAAUUUUCCUUACACGAGAAUGCUGAAUAUCGUGCCAGUGAUGAUGUUGUUGAUCUGGCAUUCAAUCUGGCAACUAAGCAAAACCGCGACUUGGAAUACUUUUAUACGUUCACAGCGACUAAUAUUAGUAGCUUAGAGAAAUGCCUUGGAGAAGCAAGUCACUCUCCAAGCUCACAUUUCCAAAAGCUGCCUUCUAAUACGCUUCCCGUUGUUCUUUGCUUUGGGGGUCAAAACGGUCGAACCGUGGGUCUCGAUGAGGGUGUGUACAAAAGCAAUAGGCUUUUGCAGAUCCAUCUUGAUACCUGUGAUUCUGUUUGCAGCACAUUAGGUCUUCCUGGAUUAUUUCCCGGGAUAUUUGAAACCGGGCCUGUGGAAGACCUUGUCUCUCUGCAUUGCAUCCUAUUUUCUCUGCAGUAUGCUACUGCCAAGGCAUGGUUGGACUGUGGCUUGAAGGUAGAUACUCUCGUCGGUCACAGCUUUGGUCAGCUCACCGCACUUUGUGUCGCGAAUUCGCUCUCCCUCACAGAUGGAUUCCGUCUUAUAGCUGGACGUGCUCGCCUCAUUCAAGAGAAGUGGGGUGCGGAAUCCGGGGCAAUGCUCUCAUUUGAGGGAGAAAGUGAACAGAUUGACAAGCUUUUGAAGCUAGCGCGGCAACAAAAUUCAGCCUUUGCCGCUGAUAUCGCUUGCUAUAAUGGGCCACAGAGCUUUGUUAUCGCUGGUACUUCAGCAUCUAUUGAGCAGGUUGAAGAAUUAUGUGCGUCUAGAGAAUGGCGGUCGCUGCUGAAAGUCGUCCGGCUGAGAAGCACCCAUGCGUUCCACUCUCAGUUGGUCGAGAGCAUUAUGCCAGGCCUCAAAGAAAUUACAGAAUCGUUAAGCAUUAAACCACCCACUAUUCGGAUUGAAGCCUGUUCGGAUUGCGAGGGUUGGUCUCAAGUUGAAUCAACAAAAAUUGCUCAACAUAGCCGAAUGCCUGUCUAUUUCACGAAAGCUGUUGAAAGAACAGUAGAACGUCUGGGGCCUUGUGUCUGGCUUGAAGCCGGAUCUGCAUCUCCGAUUGUUCCCAUGGCGCGGCGCAUCUUGACAUCUAAAGGUAUUGAGAAAGGGAAUAUGUUCCAGCCCACAGACCUAAGGGGACACGAUGCGCAGGAUAGACUGGCGCGAAUAACAAGCAACUUAUGGGCUGCCGGUGUUAAAACACAAUUCUGGUCCUUCCAUAGUUCUCAGAGAUUCGCGUAUUCUUGGAUCAACCUCCCACCUUACCAAUUCGAAAAGACGGCACAUUGGCUCGAGUACAAAAAACCCGAACCUGUGCUACCACAGACUAUCAGUGCCAAAUUGCCCUUUGAUGGGCCCGGUACAUUGUUGCGAUUGCUCGAAAGCCAUACGGGCAAAAGCCUAUUCGAAAUUAAUAACCUGAGUGAGAUCUUUCAGCUCUGCACGACAGGUCAUGCUGUUAUGGCACAAAGUCUCUGUCCUGCUUCGUUAUAUGUCGAGUGUGCCGUUCAAGCGGCGACUUUGCUUUUAGAGUCUAGAUCAUCAUCUAUUGCCCCAAGGGUGGGAGAUUUGAAGAUCUCAUCACCACUCACCAAAAACACUGAACGCAAUGUCUUUCUUCAACUUACUCGAAACACCAACCAAGGUGACCAAGAAUGGAUAUUCACUCUUUUCAGCAGUAGCAGCAAUGUGGCUGGGGACAGCCCAGUCACCCAUGCUACGGGGGCCGUGGAUUUGUUCCCAUUCAAUAAGGUAUCCGAACAAUCUCGUCUCAAGUCUCUUCAACGGCUCGUCGCACGGUCACGGUACGAGGAUAUCUUGAACUUUCCUGGUUCAAACAGCCUGGCAGGAUCGGUAAUUUACAAAGUAUUCGGUCAGAUCGUCGUUUACAGCCCGUACUAUAGAGGGGUUCAAAAGAUAGUGGCAAGGGAUAACGAAGCCGUUGGUCAUGUGUUUGUACCAGACAACCAGCCUCAAGCGCUGGCAUCUCGGGGCAGCUGUGACCCAAUCACUCUCGAUAACUUCCUACAAGUAGCGGGUAUCCACGUUAACUGCCUUGUUGAGCGUGAGGAUAGAGAAGACGUUUAUGUAUGUACAGAGAUUGGGGAGCUGUUGAUGACCGAGGCCUUUGUGGAGAAAAGAGAAAUGAUGCGGUCGUGGAAUGUUUACACGACAUUUGAGGAAAGCGCUGGGAAAUCCGUUGUCAAUGAUGUAUUUGCACUUGAUCAGGAAACCGGGGAGCUGAUGGCUAUCCUGAUGAACGCCAAGUUUCAGAGCGUGCCGGUCAAAGCACUUGCUAGAACUCUGGGCAAAUUGAACGGUCGACCGAAACCGACUGUCUCAAACAAUGAUCGCAUGGAGGUGAGAAGUAAUGGCCUACAAGACAACCGUCGGGAGGAGAGAGACACGAAGUCGAAAAUGCUUACCAACAGAAAUGGUUUGCACAAGAGAAAUGAGCCUCAGUCCCUUGAGCUGGUGCAAGCAAUGUUUAGUGAUAUUUUGGCUGUCCCAAUAGAGGACAUUAAAGCCGAUGCAACUCCCGAUGAUCUUGGGAUUGACUCUCUGCUCGUGACAGAGGUCCUCUCAGAGAUCAAAAAGCGUUUCAAUGUCACAAUCACUGUUGCGGAUUUCCAAACAGUGAACAAUUUGUCGACUCUUGCCUCACUACUGGAGCCUAACAGGCCAGUGAUCGACCGACAGUCUCUACCAGCACCCCUUUCUAAACAGCCACCGGUCUCAAUGAAUGGGCUGUCAACUCAUGAACAAUCAGAAUCACUAAUGCCACAAGUUCAGAAUAUGUUUGCGGAGGUUAUGGAGAUGCCCGCUUCUGAAGUCUUGCCCGCUACAAGCUUGCAAGAUCUGGGCGUGGACUCCCUCAUGAUUACUGAAAUUGCGAAUGAAAUCACAAAUCGCUUCGGUAUAACAGUGCCUAUUCCAGAAUUGCAAGACCUGAAAGAUGUCCAUGCUCUUGCAAGUCGCCUCCAGCCCCAUUCCACCAAAACGCACAGUAAGCCAAUUAAUGGACACGCUGGGUAUUCAAGCUCAGCCAAGACUAACGGCGUGAGUCAAAUGAACGGACAUUCAACACCCCGGGCAUUAAAUGGGGAAUCUCGACCUAAUUUGACGCUGACUGCGGACGAAAGUUUCCAAAAAGUGCGUCGCAAUUACGACACAAUCACAAAAAUAACUGGAUUUUCUGACUUCUGUCGGGACGUGUACCCGGCACAAAUGGAGCUCGUCGCUGCUUAUGUUGUAGAGGCCUUUACUAAGUUGGGCUGCCCGUUGGCAGAACUUCGAAUGCACGAGAAGGUGCCUGAAGUUUCUUUUCUAGACGUUCAUGCAAAAUUGAAGAGACAGCUAUAUCGAAUCCUUGAAGAAGGUGGAUUAAUUCAGCGAGAUACUGACGUGGGUACUUACCUUCGAACCGAUAUUCCGACACCUUCAACGCCGUCAAAUAUUUUGCAUAAUGACAUUCUCAACAAAUUUCCGCAACACGUAUCAGAGCACAAGCUUCUGAACUCCACAGGCAGCAAAUUGGCUGAGUGUCUGGUUGGUACUGCCGAUCCGUUGGGUAUACUGUUCGGGAGCUCUAAGGCUCGAUUAUUGAUGGAGGAUGUAUACACCAAUGCCCCCAUGUUCAAGGCAGGCACCAUUCAACUGGCACAAUACCUUGUUAAUGUCUUUGAUAAGAUUGAUGAUCCUUCGCGAGUGGUCCGUAUCCUCGAACUCGGGGCUGGCACAGGAGGAACAACCAAGCAUCUAGUUGAAACGCUAGUGGGACAGACAAACCAGCCGUUCGAAUACACAUUUACGGACCUUUCCUCUUCCCUGGUAGCAGCGGCGCGAAAGAAGUUUGCGGGUCAUAAUUUUAUGUGCUAUAGUGUACUGAAUAUCGAAGUUGAUCCUCCAGCAGAUCUCUUGAAUCAAUACGAUAUCGUUAUUUCCACCAACUGCAUCCACGCGACCAAGAAUCUGACGAAUUCCUGUUCUCACAUCCGACAGCUGCUUCGGCCCGAUGGAAUUUUGUGCUUGGUGGAGCUUACCCGCAAUCUUUUCUGGUUCGAUCUGGUGUUUGGUCUUCUUGAAGGGUGGUGGCUGUUUGAAGACGGUCGUACGCACGCAUUGGCUCCGGAAACGUUAUGGAAAAAGCAUCUGCAGCAGGCCGGAUACCAAUGGAUUGAUUGGAGUGAGUCACCAUCAGAUGAAUCGAACAUCAUUCGGGUCAUUACUGCAUCUCCAGGAGCUAUAGGUUCCAGACGCGGUGAGAACGGUUUGAGUGACAAGAAUGAUAUCGACGUCGAAACGGUAGAGUUCAAGAGAGAAGAUGAUCUGCCACUAUUGGCGGACAUCUACUACCCUCCAAGAAAUGGAACCCAACAGCAAACACUUGCGGUAGCAUUGAUGAUUCACGGUGGUGGCCAUAUCAUGCUCAGCCGCAAGGAUAUUCGCCCGCAACAACUGCAGAUGCUUCAUGACGCUGGUUUUCUUCCGAUCAGCAUUGAUUACCGGCUCUGUCCGGAAGUUACACUGCCGGCAGGUCCCAUGCAGGAUGUGUGUGAUGCCUUGGAGUGGGUUCGCAGUACAUUGCCCACGUUAGCGCUGCAACGGGACGAUAUUAGGAUUACUGGCAAAGAGGUAGUGGCAGUCGGCUGGUCCACUGGGGGUCAUCUAGCUCUAACCCUUGGAUUCACUGCCCCUGCUCGAAAUAUAGCACCACCAGAAGCCGUUCUAGCGUUCUACUGUCCAACGGAUUAUGAGGAUCCCUUCUGGAGUCAGCCAAACGUGCCAUAUGGACGCGAAAUGGCGCCACCGCUAUAUGAGACUCAAUACGAUCUCGCCAAGGGCGUCUUCGACCGUCCCAUUACAGCAUACAACAUAUCACCAGCGAAGAGAGCUCUUGGAGGAUGGAUGGACACAACUGACCCGCGCUCCCGGAUUGCUUUACACAUGAAUUGGAGAGGCCAGGCAGUACCAAUCUUGCUAAAUGGACUUUCUCCUUUUUCUCCUACGCUUUCCAGAGAUUUGGCAACCAUGCUUCCUAAACCGACCAAUGAACAAGUAAGGUCAAUCAGCCCCCUAGCUCAAAUCCGCCAGGGGAUGUAUAAGACUCCAACCUUCCUCAUCCACGGGACAAAGGAUGACUUGAUCCCUUGGCAGCAAUUGCAGAGGACGUUUGAAUGUCUGCUAGAAAACAAUAUACCUGCUGACCUAAGAAUAUUGGAUGGCGCCGUACAUCUUUUUGAUAUGUUCCCUGAUUAUGUAAGAGAUGAUACUGCUUACUCUGCGGUACGCGAUGGUUACAGUUUUCUUCGUUUGCAUGUUGAAAGGCGGAAAUCUGCUUAG